AAAAGGUACUCUCCAACAAAACCAGGCAGCAAAAUGAGAAUGAGGAGUCUGCAACUCUGAACUCUGAAACCCGAAACCUUUCCCCUGCAAUUUAUCUGCCACCAACACUAAUUAUCUUUCUUCACUGCAUCCAUCGCAUUUUUUCUCCACACCUCUUCCGGACAAUGGAAGCGGAACCAGACCAAAAGGAAGAAGCUCUCCGUCUCAAAACCAUAGCAGAAACGAAGUACUCCAACUCCAAUAUCAAAUCUGCUCUCAAACACGCCAAGAAAGCUCAUAGUCUCUGUCCAAACCUCGACGGUCUCUCAUCAUUGCUCACGGCCUUAAAGAUUCUCCGGGUAGCCUCUAAGACGCACUCUGACAUCACUGACUGGUAUAAGAUUCUCCAGGUAGAGCCCUUCUCUCAUAUAAACACAAUUAAGAAGCAAUACAAGAAGUUGGCUUUAAUUUUACACCCUGAUAAAAACCCAUAUUUAGGAUGUGAAGAGGCAUUUAAGCUUGUGGGUGAAGGGUUUAGGGUUUUGUCUGACAAGAUUAGAAGGAAAGAGUAUGAUAUGAGGUUGAGAAUUAAGCUUCAAGAAGAGAGGGUUAAUGACAAUACUGUGGUGGAGACAUUUUGGACUGCGUGUUCUAGGUGUAGGCUUUUGCAUCAGUUUGAGAGAAGGUAUUUGGGACACAAUUUGGUGUGUCCUAGUUGUAAGAAGAGUUUUGAGGCUGUGGAGGUGGAAGAAGGGGAUAAGGAGGAUGGUAUUGGGGCUGGGGUUAGAAUUAGGAGUGAGAGGUUGAGAAGAAAAGUGGUUAUUGCUGAGGGAUUCGGGAAUUUGGGUUCGAAGAAAAAAAUGGGAAACGAUUCCAGGGUAAAGCCAAGAGGUGGUGGAAGGGUUGAUGAGUUGAAUUCAAGAGGUAAUGCUGUGAGCAGUGAGAAGACUGGUAGUAUGGGUUUGAGGAGUAAAGUAGGUGUUAGUCAAAUGGGGGAUCGGAUGGGUUUGAGUGCUAACUUGAAGGUGAAUGAGCGUGGUUCUGGGGCAUGGAGUGGUGGGAGAUUGAGGACUGGAGGUUUGAGGAGGAAAAUGAGUACUGUUGAUGAAGUCUUGGAGAGAUCAAAGCCAAAAAGGGUGAAAGUUGGAGCAGAUAUGAUGACACUAGCAGAGAUGCAGUUGGAAGCAAAGAAGAAAUCUUUUAAAGAGAAGGCAAAAUUGAAGGAGAAGGAGAAGCAGAAGGAUGCAAUGAAGAAGAGAACAGAAAAGAAGGAAAAACUUGGGCUCUUGAAGAAGCUAGGAGAUACAAAGAUUAAGAAUGGUGGAGCUUCAAAGAAGAGUGGGGAGAUGGACCUUGAAGGAGUCACUUCAGAUGAGAGUGAGGAUUUGGGAAUUAAGAGGCGUGGUGCAUCAGAAAAGAGUGUAAAUAAAAAAGUUGAGCGCCCAAGGGGUUUGAGAAGUGGAGGUUUGGAGAUAAUGGCAGUGAAAGAUUCCGAUUUCUAUGACUUUGAUAGAGACAGAGUGGAGAGGAGUUUUAAGAAAGGGCAAGUGUGGGCUUUAUAUGACGAUGACAGAAUACCAAGGCACUAUGGCUUGAUUGAUGAAGUUGUUUCUGUGAACCCUUUUGAGGUGGAGUUAAGUUGGUUAGAACUUCAGUGUAAUGGGAAUGAAAAAUUAAUUUGUUGGGAGAAAAUGGGUUUUUACAUGUCUUGUGGGAGAUUUAAGGUUUCUAGGAAGACAAUUGUCAACUCCCUGAAUAUCUUUUCACAUGUCGUUGAUUGUGAAAGGGCAGCUAGAGAAGUUUAUAGGAUUUAUCCAAAAAAGGGUUCAGUAUGGGCACUUUAUAAUGAAGUUGAUUUAAGUGCGGAAGCAAGAAAUCAAUGUGCUAGAGAUAAGCAAUGCUAUGAAAUUGUUGUGUUUUUAACCACUUACAGUGAGAUGCAUGGAUUGAGCAUGGCAUACCUUGAGAAAGUUGAUGGAUUCAAGACUGUAUUUAAGAGACGUGAAGUUGGAUGUCAUGCUAUUAGAUGGCUUGAAAAUGAUGAUGUUCGCUUGCUUUCGCAUCAAAUACCUGCAAGGAAGCUUUCUGCUGAUGAGGUCCCUGCUUUUUUAAAAGACUGUUGGGAACUUGAUCCUGCUUUGCUUACUUCAGAUUUACUAGCUAUUGGUUGAGAUGAUGAUCUAUAUUUGAUAAACUGAUAUUCUGUUGGUAUAGCUCUUUUCUUUGGUGUAAAGGCUCAAGGUGGAAAACAUUGUCAAUGGCAAUCAAACAUGCAGAGAGGUAAUUAUUUUAUUGGCCAAUUUUUGUGCUUCUGUAGCACUCUGAUCUGCUGCAUUCAAGUUAUGAUCUUACAUUAUUUGGUAUAUAAAAAGCUAAAAUGCUGCCGUUGAUAGUUUGUCUCAAUCAUUGUUGCUUACUACCUCUUGAAAUUUUAGGGUUAUGCUCCUCUAUAAAAUGGAAAACUAAAGCUAUUGCCAAAAUAUUCUGUGGUUUGAAGAGUAUCUUUAUCAUAGUGGAAGUCUUGGCGCCAGUAAAUCAAUCCUGUGUUUGUCAAGACUACCGCGACUAGACUCUCAAUCUUUGAUAAGCCUGAAACUAUUGUUAUCGCAUUCAAAAUUUGCUAAGAACUUAGUACCCAUUGCUGGAAAGCUGUUGUACCAUCAUCACCAAAUUAACCCUUAGAAAAUCUCUUUCAUCUUUGUGAUUUUGCAUGCUAUUGUGUCCACGUUUUGUUCCUUUGGUGUUGGUCAAUACUAUCAUCACUGGAAUCUCAAACCUUGAUAUUCUAGAAUCUGUGAAAACACACCGAUUGGAAAAUAGAAAGAGAAAAGUGACCACAAGGAUUUUACUUGGUUUGGCAACUGUGCCCACAGCCACAGACAAGUGCUUGUUUCUUCACUACCAAAAGGAGAAUAUUGCAACCUAUUUGUUGUAAUCUAAUUCCUAAUAUGAAUAGCACUCUGCCCUUUGUUGCGAAGCUCCUCUACUUUGCUGGGAUCCUUUAGUGGACAAUCAAUUCCCCUCCAACAAAUUUGAGCUAUCACUCAAUAGAGGGGAAGUUGUAAACAUGCUUAUACUAGAGAUUUUAAUAAUUUCACUUUGUACCAAGUAGUUGACUUAAAAAAUAUGCUAGAAGUUUUCUCUUAUGCUGUUUCCCUACUUUGUUUUUCUUAAUCAUAUAGGAUUUUCAGGAUCAAGUUUGCCCAUAUUGUGGAAUCAACAAUAUGACAAAUUGAUUGUAAUUGGUCUGCAUUCUUAAGCAAUGUGGAUUUAACUUAUGACAAGGCUUACAAGAAUGUCAGUAACUUGCCUUUCUAUUGCACAAGGGCAAGAUUCAGUUUAUGGCAGAAACCUUGCAUCUUCUUCUCUAGCUGGCAGAGUUGAAAACAGGCCAUUUUGUUGUUUGCUCUCUCCAAUCAGUAUUUCUCAAAUUCUGGUUUUCAUCUGGAGUUGCAUUUUUAUUCAUUUGUCUGAUUUGGUAUGGGGCUGAUGCCUGAUUCAUAACAUUUGUGCAUAGGUUUUACACAGGUUAUCCAUUGUAUCUCACUGCACAUUUUAUGUGUUUAUGGAUGUCUUAUUCACCAAGAAGAUAGAAGUAGCUUUAAUGAUCUCAUAUAUUCAUACCAUCGCAUGAUAAUUGUACAAGUAUUUUGGAGGUUAUGGUAGACUUGACUGUAAGAAAAUAUUUUUGGCUGUUCAGUUUUAUUUUCUUCUACAUAUUUUGACUGUUCAAUAUUUUCCUAAAGUUUUUGUCUGAUUUAAUCUAUUUAGGUUUCCUUCGACUCUUGAUUGGUGAAAAAUGAAAAUGGUAACAAGGCCAUGGUAAUAUAUAUAUAUAUAUAUAUAUAUAAAAUUAUGUGCAAAAGGUUGGAGAUGGUCUUGUAAGAAUUUCCAGUUGAACUUAUUUUGUGAAACAUUGAAGGGUGUAGUGAAAGGAAUGGAAUGCCAUUACAGGAAGUCAUUGCUAACAUCCUAAAGCUAAAAAGGGUAGUAGGACCGUGAAAAGAUUUAAGUUUUCUUUGCCACCAUUGAUGAGCCUGAGCCUCAGGGGUGGACCCCCUUUUGGCUAAGUGGACCAAGGCUCUUGCUUUUGAGAUUGGGUCAUAGAGAUGUACCGUACCUUAAAGCUUUGGCAAAAAAGGUUGGUUUUCUGGUGGAGGUGCAGAGCUGCCCACAGUACAGUUCAGGUAUGGUUCAGCUGAAAAGGGAGGAUUAUUACUUAGUCGUAGAAUCUUAUUUAUACAUAACUGUUAAUGCACUGGAGGUUGUUGCAAGGAAAUCUAGAUUUGAUGUGUGUAGAUAUAUUGAAUGAAAAAUUUUUUGUUUGGGAAUGAGAUAAUUUCAUUUCUGUCCUUGCAAAAUCAAUUUCAAAGGAAAAAGAAUAUAUAAAAAUGAAAUAAAGAUAGUGACUUUGGUGGUGUUAUAGGUUUAUAUUCUUUGAUUACACGCAAUUGCAUUUGAAGAUCAUGCUGCAGUCAUUUGCAUAUGCUAUUUUGAUCAUCAAGAUUUUCUAAGCCAAAGCCAAGUCCGAGGAUUGAAAAUUCCAAGCCAGAUUGGCCUGCAGAUUUGACAAUUUCAUUGGUUAAAUAUGCAUCACAGUAGAAUUGCUUGUCAAGUUUUCAGAUCAUCGAGGAUCACACCGGGUUAUAAUACACUUCCCCAUUUUCAUCUACAAAUUGUUAUAAAUUUAAUUGAAAUUGUAAACCUAGGAUUAUGGUCUUUUCUGGAUUUUCUUUAAUCUGAAUGAUUUUCUUCCCACUUUGGUUUAGUAAAUUAUAUGACAAUUCUGUUUCUUUCUGA